UCAUAUCUGACACUGCCUCCCAUGACAUGCUUCUCUUCAUCCUCUUCAUGGUCCAUCGACACGACUGCAAACUCAGUCAGACCUUGUGAAGCACCUCAGCAGCCCCAGAUGUGGCGUCCGACUAACGAUGCCGGGGCCGUCGCAGGCUCAGUAAGGCGGUUCUGGCGACGGUCGUACGCUUCCGAUUAUGUUGGACUUGCGCUCCUUUUCGCUGCGUACCUCGGGGCACAAUUCUUCGUCGAGCCAUUUCAUCGCAUGUUCACCCUUGACGACCACGCAAAGCAAUAUCCCCAUGCGCUUGUUCAACGGGUAUCGAACCUGGAAAACAUCAUAUACGCAGGAGUAGGACCGUUGGUAUUCAUCAUCAUGUGGUCCUUGGUAUUCCGACCAGGUUUGCACAAGACACAUGUCACGAUCUUUGGCCUCCUCGUCAGCCUCUUCCUGAGCUCGCUGCUCACGGACAUUAUCAAGAAUGCCGUUGGCCGGCCUCGUCCCGACUUGAUCGCGCGAUGCAAACCACAGCCAGGAACGCCCGAGCAUGAACUGGUUACGAUAUCUGUCUGUACGGAGACAAACCAUCAUAGACUACAUGAUGGCUGGCGCAGUUUUCCGAGCGGCCACAGCAGCUGGGCAUUCUCUGGACUAGGAUAUCUAGCUUUGUUCCUGGCUGGCCAACUUCGGAUUUUUCGACCACAUGCAGACCUGAGCAGGGUAUUGAUGGUCAUGGCCCCGCUGGUCGGAGCAUCGCUCAUUGCCAUGUCACGGUUGGCCGACUACCGGCAUGAUGUCUUCGAUGUUACCUGCGGAAGUCUUUUGGGCAUGUUGGUUGCAUAUUUCUCUUAUAGGCGCUAUUACCGCCCGCUCAACCACCCCAAGUGUGAUGUACCAUAUCCGAGCCCGGCAGAGUCCGAAGCAGCCAAAAUAGCGAAGAGCCGGGACGUGGAGGAUCAAGUCCACCCGGAUUUCGACUUGGAUGAUAUGUCGGAUGACGAGGUGCAGACAUACCCUCUCACGCAUGCGAGAUCACCAGAGACUGGUGGGCGAUCGGAACCACCGUAAGGUAGUUUUGUUGCUUAACAAUAAUGUAUUAUGAGUUUCACUACCUACAAUCCUUUCCCAGAAGUCAAUCGUGCCGUCGUAACCAAUGCAGAUGUGCUGUGCUUCAAGCUCGA